ACGCCUCCUGGCGGUGGCGGCGAGAGCGACGCGUGGGGGUCGUGGGCGGGCGGGGGGUUUGUCCCUCCUCUGCCGCGUGGGCGCGGCCGCGAGGGUGGGAUCACGUGCUGAGGCGGGGGGGGUCGCGUGUCCCGCGGGCGGCGGCGGCGUGUCACGUGAGGCGGGCGCGAUGGCGGCUCCCGCGGACGGCGCCGACCUGGAGGCCUCGCUGCUGAGCUUCGAGAAGCUGGACCGCGCCUCGCCGGACCUGUGGCCCGAGCAGCUGCCCGGCGUCGCCGAGUUCGCCGCCUCCUUCAAAAGCCCUAUUACAAGUUCUCCUCCCAAGUGGAUGGCUGAAUUAGAAAAUGAUGAUAUCGAUAUGUUAAAGGAGUUGGGGAGCCUCACUACAGCUAAUCUGAUGGAAAAAGUUCGUGGUCUGCAGAAUCUGGCUUAUCAGCUGGGACUGGAUGAAUGAAUGACGAUUGACUAGUAUGCUUCAUUUCUGGGUUUCAAGAAACUGGAGUUUCUUCUGGCCGCUCCUCUCUUGAGAUCUCUGCAGAGUCCAAUACCUCUGUACUUCUUGUAUUCGAAUCAUGUCUUUACGUUUUUCUUCCAAGUCCAUGGAUACUAGAAGCAUGAGGGUGUUUAUGAAAAAUGUUCCCAUGUUUUUUCACGGGUCUGGAAGGGUUUAUUUUUGAGUGCAUCUUUUACAUCUGCUUUUACAGCUGGGCCUUGCCUAGUUGACUUUGAGCUCAUGAACAGCUGAAUUGUGGUAAUUGUAGCAGAGCCGGCAUUGUUUAGAUUUAAUAUCUAUUCCAAACAGCCCAAAGUGGUACUACAAUUCUGUUAUCAAGUAGGUCAGGUUAAAACUAGUGAUAGGUUCUCUUGAGUAACAACAAUUUUCCUGUGAUUCUUAACUCUUCCAUAUAUAUUUUUUUCUCUAUAUUCAUUUGAACUUGACUCUAGUAGCAUUUGGGUGCUGUAAAAGCUGUAACAUUUCUAAAUCAGUGUGUUUCCUCAGAUGUCUUGUGACCAGCCUGGAGUUAGUAAAGAUGGUUUUGGAUCCCCUGAGCCCUCUUCUGGACUUGGAAGUAUUCCUCAGCUCAGGGUAUUGGUUCCAGGAGAAGAGGAUUGUGGCAGGCAGAGUGCAUGAAACUGGUCGGUAAUACAACUGAAAAAGCUGGACUAAAGCAAGCAGUGAAUAUACUGGGAAGGAUGAGAAUAGGGAUAAGGGCAGUCGUUAAAGAAAGUGCCUUUGAUUCAUGUGGAGGAAAGAAUAAAAUUAUGGGGGCAAUUGUGAAGGUAUUUUCUUAGCCCAUAAACUGCACAUUGCUGCUUUUUUAUAAUUCUGGUUUAACUAAGGUUGAGACUUUGGCCUUGAAGCACUGAGAUUUCUGUCUUUUACUUGUAUUUGGUCAUACAAUUGGUUUUGGAUUUUUGGAAAUUAUGGGAGUCCUUUAUGUAAUUUAAUGUGUUCUAUUGUUGUACUGAUGGCAAAAGGAACCUUGGUUGACUUCACAUGUCAGUCAAGUAAUAUUGUUCGGUCAUAAAAAGUGUGAAUCUUUUUUUCAUAGACAUCUUCAAUAUUGGUAAUUCGUUGUUGUGUCAAGGGCUGCAUUUAUCUACAUGGAAAAAUGUUUCAAUAAGGAAUCUUGGGAUUAGAAACAUUUUAAAAAUUUAGACUGCUUUUUAAAGUAAAGACAUAUCUCUGGACAAAUAAAUACAGACUACCAUAGUAUCACCUUCUUUCACUCAGAUACCUCUUCUUGAAGCUCGUUGACAGAAGUUAAGCUUAAAAAUUCAGUUUUGCUUCACAGCUCAAGCCAUUAGCUAACCUACUGACGGAGGCUUUGGAGGUCAAGGAAGCCAUACCAUUCCCGAACCAGAGAACCAGAGCUGCGAGCCUCCCUGUAAACAUGCCUUGAUGUCUGUGAUUGGAUUUGUGUGCCCAGGCUUGCAUAACGAUACAGCUUGUAUCCCAACAUUAUUAGCCAAAAGGAAUAUAGGGACUUACAUAAUCAUUACACGAUUAUUUUCAGUAACUGCACUGUAAAUAUGUAAUUCUCUCUACUCCUAAUAACUCUUAAUCUCUCUGUUCCUGUUGGCUCCAGGGCUCAGAUUUUGCCAUGGCCUGUGCGCCCUGGCCACCGGUAAGACUUGAAAAAAUGGUUAAUUUCAAGGUUCGCCUGUUUUGCUCCCAACCAGUAAAUACGUGCUCCCCAGCACAGGCAGGGGCACACUGUUCUGUGGGAGCCUGGGCAGCACUGCUGCCUCUGUGCCUUCUGAGAAGGUGCUGGUCACCCCCAGAGACCUUUCAUACCCGGCUUUAUAUUCAUUGUAGAGCGUGCCCUCCCAGCUUCUUCAUGUGUUUUAUGCUCAAGAGUUCUUGAGCAGUUUUGAUCUCCUUUCUCUGCGUUGCUCAAUAAAGAAGAUUCUUCUUUGAGAUACUGUCAUGGGAAAACCUAAAUUAUCAAGAGAUCUUGGUCCGCUGCAGGGGUUGGGAGGCCAGGAAGAGAUUAUUUUCCUUUUGGUACAAGCAGGUAGGAAAAAAAAAUAACAUUUAGGGUGCUUCUUGUUAAAACGUGCCCCCUUUUCUAUCCUGCUACUUGCCCCCAGCAUCUGUGGAUUUUGGUGGUCAGAGCUCUCCCAAGCUGUAGCUGUUCCAGUGACAGCUUACACUAGUAAAUUACCUUUCAGGUAUACUUGAAAAUAUCCUCAACUUUGAUAUAAAAUUGCCUUUCAUACUGCUUUUAAUAUUAGAAGCAUAACUUAAAUUUCUUUAAGCCUUACGAAAUACUCAAACAUCAUUUUUCUGUUUAAUUAGCUUCAUGAGUCAGCACCUGGUCUUAGGUCUUGACAUUUUUGGCAUGUGAAAUUUUUGUGUGUAUUUGACCUUGGCUUUAUUCCAGAAUAAAUAUUUUAAGCUGCUAGUUGUGUGUGGGUUUUUUUGUCUUUGGUCUGAGACUAGGGGGCAGACAUAAGCAGCACUGAGAGAAGUGAACUGUAUAAACCACAAUUAGAAUUGCAGUGCACAGGUGUCUGAAGAUCUCAUACAAUUGCCAAGCUAUUUGUUUCUCAAAUGAGAGGAGCUUUGGGAGUAUAUUUUGGAGAAUAAAAGGAGCAGAAGGCCUUUGGUUUUGAUGUUAGGGUUGUGGGUUUGGUUUGGUUGUUGUUGGUUGGGGUUUUUUUCCCCCCUCUCUGUUUUUUUAAAUUUAAUUUAUUUCCGAAUCCUAGUUUAAAUUCUUCCAGACUUGAUACAUUUGAUAUCUUUACAGAACCAGCAUAAUGAAUGGUUGGAAGUGAUCUGCUGCAGCUGGUGUUGGAAUUUAUAACUGCCUUCAGAUAGGAAUCAGCAUUUAAGAAGAAAAACUACUUGCACGCUAGCUUUUCUUUGAGCAUCAAGUUAGAUCUUGCGGUUUUAAAAUCUGAAAGCUAGUGUUCGAAGUAAUGAUAUUAAAGGAGAAUGGCUUUAGCAUCAGGGUUAUGGGCGAGUUCUGUUGCAGAUAGUUGAGGAUCUUUUGGGGAAUGUAGGCAUCUUAAAUCUCUGUGCUAGUCAUAUACAAAGUAUUAUUGCAAUGAAAAAAUAGUGAAGUGAAUAAACAGCAGCUUGCAGUGUCAGACACUUGAUGUACCUAGAGUCCCAGUGUUCGCUGUAUUUUGCAAUUUAAUGCACAGUAAUUUUUUAGUUCUGUAUUUCUGUAUGCUCCACUGUGUCAGAUCUGUAUUCUUGGGAUGUGAGGUUCCAUUAAAAAAUAAAUAAUAAUCGCAGCCCCCGCUCCCCCCACAUACACUCAUUUUCUAUAAUAUGGUAAUGAUAUCACCGUAGCAGUAAUUACGGGUCAUCUUCAUUUCUUUCAUCUCUGCUGGUUCUGAUGGCUUCAUUCCUUUGACGGAGAAGAUUUGGCUCUGGGUGCUGUGAUUAUUUUGUUAAGCAUUAUUCGAAUAGACAGGAGUGAGAGAAAUUAAUCAAUCCAAAUGCAAUUAGCAUCAUGUUUAACCCAGUGAUGGACGUCUCAAGGUGAAACAGCCAGGGGAGUUUCAGACAUUAUUAUUCAAUCCAGUGGCUCUUAUCUAAAUUAUAAUCAAGAGAGGUUUUUAUUGGCUUCGCAGAGGGAAGAUGUAACUCUUUCCUUGCUUUGGGGGUCAAAGGGAUCAGGUUUUUGGCCCCACAGGAUGUUGGCUGCAGUCAGCUCCUAGAAGUGGGAGGUACUGUAUGAAUUUCCUUUAAUAUGGGGGGUCACUCAGGACAAAAUAUCUGCGGGUCCUAAUAUCCAUGACCUGGAACAUGAGUUUAGUAGCUCCCUGGGCAUUGGCAGGGAUGUCCUUGCCCCUUGUUUCAAGUGUUUUCAUUGACUGGCUUUGCCCAUCUGUGUGUGAAUGAAUAUGGUUUGUAGUUUUUGCAUUCGAAGCUCUGUGAACAUCAUUGUGUGCAACCGAAUGCAAACAGAAUGGUACUGCCUUUGGCAAGGCAGGGAAAUCUGAUUAGGAGAACAAGGUAAAUUAUUCUGCAGAGAAGGAUUCUAAUUUUUUUUGAGCGGAUAUAAUUUUAGUAUUUAUUGAUAGCUACAAUAACAUUUUUUUGAGGAUCUCUUAAUCUGCAUCAGAUCUGUUAUCACCAUUCUGGAUAAUCCUGAAUGAUCUCUGAGAUCUCUUAUCAGGUAUAUGAUAAAACACCACUACUGUGGGUGGAAAAAAACGGUGGAAAGAGGUCACAUGAGGAUUUCAUGACUCAGGAAAGCAUUAGGUAUUUGCUUCCGAUUCUUAAGGCUCUAGCUGACGCUCGCUAACCUGUUUCAGUGGUUUAAAACUUUGUCAGCCUCAGCUGUUUACCACUUCUCUGUCAGAGAUGCCUGUUUUCCUAGCACGCUGGGAGGAGCGGUCCAUGUGCCUCACCUGCUCUGAUUCACAGCCUGGCUUUGUGCAAGCCUCCACCUUCUUUGGCAUUGCAAAGCAAGUCAUGCCAGACUCCUGAACUACAGCUGAAGUAAGGGCAGAUUCUGCUGUCUCAUUCACCAAGGGAAGGACCGUGAUGUUUUGUACCGAGGGUGGUGUUAAUAUUUUAAAAUGCUGCAGCAAGACUUGACAGAGCUCAUCUUUCAGAGCCUGAAUUCUAGCGUGGUUGCUGACUCCUUUAGUAUACAUCUGUACAUCACUCCUCACUAAGGCUGUGACCCCAUCUGUAAGAUGGGAAUUAAAUCACUGUAUGUCUCAAGAAUAUUGUGAAGCUUGAUAAACUUUGCAAGUGCUUUGAUAUUGAUUAUUGAAACAUGCCACAGCAAUGCAAGCUUAUUCCACACGGAGGUUUGUGCUGAUUCUGUCAUCUUACCUGAAAAAAUGUGUUUCAGGAAUGCUAGAUGGUUACGCUGGUCUUCAGUGUAAAUGUAACCAUUCCUGAAGUACGCAUCUGAGUAUCUGCAUGUGCCAGUUCUACCUUCAGUAAAGGUGACCGACAUUGCUUUCACUAAUGGCUGCUCUCCCGAGAUGGCGCUUGGUGUAGCAUUCACUGAUAAGUAUUUGUCAAAGACCCACAGACAAUUCAUUUGACAAUUACGUCACAGAAAUAGGCCAUUAGCAGAGUAAUUGGAGCCCUUUUUAUGAAGGAAGAGGAAUGAGCCGGUGCUAGCAGCUAUCGAGGCGGUGGUAGGAUUUUGGGGUCUGGUCUCAAGACAGAAAGUGGGCCAUACAGAUCUCUUUCUCUCUGAUAGAAGUUCACAUUAUGUUGGCUGAUUAAUAAUAAUCUGUUGGUCUUGUCUGACAUAAGCCUCUUUUUUUUUUCUUUGAGGGCUGUUCAGUAAUAAUGUCAAUCUUAAAUAUUUUUGCUUGGUUUAGAUUGCCUUUUUGCCUUCACUCUCCCCCACUCCUGUCACUGAUUUUUCUUUUUAUUUCCCUUCCAAAUGCAAUAGUAGUUGAGCCCCUCCAAAAGAUGUGGCUUUGCCAUUGGCUUUCACAAGUCUAGUCAAGCCAGACUCCCACAGUCCCUCACAGGCAGAUUCCUCUAGGCCUUUAUGUCCUACCAACUAAGAAAAAGAACGGUUUGGUCGUCUUAUCCUAACAUUGUGUCUGGGGACAAAAGAAAUAAUUUUUGAUGCAACAGACCUUUGUGACAGAAGGGUUAAAAACCAGAGUAGUGUUCUACUGUCUGUCUGCAAUUCCUGCUCUUUGCUCUGAACUGGUAAUUUCCACUGAUAGUCCUUCAGAAAUAAACCCUUUCUAGUUUUGUUUUCUGUGUAGUCCUAAAACAGCAGUAGUUUGAGGGUGCAUGAUUAGUACUUUAAAGGAAUCCUUCCAUGUUGAAAACCAAGUUCUUUAGUUACCGUAAAUACAGCUGAAUGGGAGGAAUAACUGAUAAGCUAACAAAGUAUGACAGUGCCUAAAAUAACCUUUUGUAGUCAAGAAUGUACCAUGCAAAGUGUGAUACUAUAAGGUAUUUCAGGGUAAACCCAUGUUCUGUUUGUAGAACAUUAAUUGUAUUUCCAGGGUUUUUUAGUAGUAAGACCUUUAUAUUUCAACAAGGCUACAUUUUCGGGUCAGAGGAGGAGAACAGUCAAAUUUAUCCCGUAAGUUGUACAUCUUGGGGAAAGGCAGAGAAAUGCUUCUGUAGUGGGUGGCUUCAUUUAAAAAUAUCUGUGAUUUGAAGAUGCUCACAGGCUUUGUUUCGAGGCUUUUAGAUAAGCCCAGAAAUAGUAAGCAGUGAAGGUAUAAUGUUUAUGAUAAAUGCGUGAUAAAUACAGUUUGUCACAUGCAUCUUUUGCGUAGACUAUAUCACCAAGUGUGUUGUGCUUUUGCAUUGAAGUGUAUAUUGUGUUAAAAAAGUGUUUACAUAUGUGUGUUGCUUAGGGAUUCUCCUGGAUGAAAGUUGCUUAUGUAAGUGUAAAUCACUGUUUUCGUUGCUGAUUUUAUAGCAGUAAAUCCUUCCAUUAUUUCCUGGCUAUCCAGACCUUAUGACACAGUAUGUCCUGUGCUGUCAUACGUGUGAGAAGGCUUUUUAUGGGGAGCAAUCAGGCUGGACCCCAAUCUCCAGUCCAGUGUUUUUUUCUAAUUAAAUUGUCACCAGAAGGAAUAUCCGGAACAGCAGUUUUCAUUUUCAAUCGAGGAAAAAACAUUAUGAGUCUUUGUCAUUUGAUUAAAAGUUACUUAACCUUUAAAUUGCUACAGAUGUAAAGAUAGCUCUGAGUUUCCAAUGUAAUCGCCUCCAAGUUAAAAUCGGGAAAAUCUUUGUGUAAUGAAACCCAUAUGUCAUAGUGAAAGGAUGCAAAGCAUUGGCAGAGUGGGCUGCUCUAGCAGGAGAUUCUGCACCCAAUCUUGUUAACCAGGACUGCUUUUGGUAAUCCCUCAUCUCCUCACUUGUAGGAAAUCAAUCUGUACUACUGAAUCUUUUCAACCAGCAACCACAAAAUUUACUGCGGAGGGGCAGCUUGGGGACAAUUGUAGUAGAAAAGGAGCCCCAGGCAACAAGGCUAAAUGCGGGAUUGAGGGAUUGAAGUUCUAAAGAGGAGAUUAUAUUAAACCUUAUUCUGCUCCCCUAUCAAGUAGAAGUGUUUCCUUCUCCUUUCAGCCCCAGCCUCUCCUACCCAAUACCUGUUCUUGAGAUCGGCUUGGCUGAUCUUGCCAGGCAGCAAACUUAAUUCAUGUUAAUUAUAAUAGCCUGAUAUCAUUUUUCAAUACGUUUCUCUGAAAGAGUCUAUUCAAGCACUCAAUUUCCACUGUAACCAGUGCCGAUAACAUUUUAAAGUGGUUUUUCUAGGGGCUGCGGUAUCGUCUUCCUCCUCCCUGGUAGGUGAGAUUAAUUUGUAUCCAAGCUAUUGCGAUCGUAUCCAUUGUUGAUUUUUCUAUUGUAGUAGAUGCUCGGCGUAGGCAAGGUUGUAAAUCGUGACUUGACGUGGAGAUUCAUGUUUCUGUUUCGUGCUGCACAGCCUCUGUAGCGUCUGUUUGCCGGUACAAUGAAACCUACACUCAAGCCCUCUCUUCACUUGAAGUCCGUGGUUUAAGCAACCAUUUUAAAGAAAAAAAAUCCCUAAGGUUUUCACUACAGUUUUGUCCAACCUUUUAAUUAAAAAAUCCACCUCUGUCUGCUACGCAACUGGCUUCUGCUGAUCCCUUGGGUAGUUGUUUAAGGCAGGUUUUACUGUCUCUCUUAGACUGCAAUCAUAUUUAGAAUGUGGGUGAUGGUUUCUUCAUUCACAAGCUCUUCCCUCACUCCAGCAACCUCCAAAAGGCCCCAUUGGAAAUGAUCUUCCCAUUAUUAAGAAUUCAUUUAUCAGAAGCAAUGCUGAGCAGAGGAGUCAGUUUCUAAUAUUAGAGCCUUUUCUGUGCGAAACCCAAGCUCAAAUCAUACUCCAGUGCAGAUUAAAGAGGAACAAAGGGGAGGGAAUAGCCAAGACGUUUGAAUGCAAUACCAUGUAAUACAUAUUUGGCCUGUGUUUACCAGGAACACAUUGAACUGUGGUUCUUAGCAGAUAAGACAAGCAGCUGAAGCAAGGAAAACAAGAUUGUUAAUGUUUGUGGAAAGUUGCCUUUAGUUUGGCUGUGAUUUUGUUGUUGUUGAUGUUGUUGUGAUAUCACGAUGUUAUUUCCUGGCCAUUUUCAUACAUAUACAAAGAUGUAAGGUCCUUUUUUUAGUUUGGCAUAUCUUUAAAAAUAAAGCCCCAAUGCAAGCCUGAGUAUGUUGGGAGAAGAGGAAUACAGAAUAGCAGAAGGCUGUCUCUUGCUCCUAAUGGGAUUUUGUAGCAGCAUGUGCGAGUUUGUUUCAGAAGUCAGAAAUGAACAGAUGUUGGUAUAAAUUACCUCUGUGUCUGAUGUCUUGCAAAUUAAAAGCGCGGUUGGCAUCACUAAACAAUUUCACCGGGUUGGGGGGGGAAACGGGCGGUGAUUAUUGUAGCAGGUCGGUAAGAAUCUUUAAGCUGCAGCAGAACAGGAUAGCAAGGAUAAAGGAAUGAAGAAUAAAAUGAGAGGUCUGUGAAUUAAUCAGAAAUGUUAACAUCUCCGAUGACAAGUGAACAGGAGGGCACGUGCUCUGGAGCAACCCCCAACCCACAGUAAUUUCACUCAGCGCACAGAAGGAGUCUAUGCUCUGCCUGAUUUAUAGGGUGCAGCCCUCUUUGUGGGAACAGAAUUGUCAUGCAUUCGUAUAUCUCCUAUAUGGGACUUGCACUCCAGAAAACUUUCCACUCUAUAAACUGCAGUUCAGCUUUGUGCUUUCUCCAAUAAGAGUGUUUUAAAACCACGCAUUGUUGAUGGUGCAAGGUAGGGAGGUGUCAAAGAACCGGCGCUGAAAAUCUAUUCCUAGCCGAAAAUUUUUAAAAAUUGCUUUUUUAUUUAAUAGUGUUCUUUGUGCUAAAUUUAGUUCACAAAUGAACUAAACAACUUAGUUCCUGGCAAAAUAACAAUCCCAUCCUGCCCUUCUGCAGCAUCUUCUAUCCAUGUGGCACUUCAGCAGCACUGGAAAGAUGCAAGCUACCUUGUGUAUGGGGAAGUAGAGGUACAAAUGAGUACUUUGUGGUGGUUCAUGCUGUGAAUCAGAAGCAGAGUUGGGAAUGGAUCCCAGAUGAUACAGCUCACAGCUGGAGGCACGAACCAAGCGAGUAAAGGAGUGAGCUGCUUGAAUUUGCAGCCAGUCUGAAACAUGUUCCGCUUACAGCAGUGGACUUUGCAGCCUAUGAAUAUCAAUAUGUACCAGACAGUUCAUAAUACCGUUAAUUGUU